GCUUCCUUUUUUCCGUGUCCGACUGGGUUUAUAUAAUUAUACGCCUUUCUGGAAUCCACGUGAGGAUCCGGGCUAACUCGUUAGCCGGAUCGUCACAGCGGUCCGGUCCGGUUCUGUCCGGCAGCGUACCGGAGCGGCUCGGGGGAGCCGGACGGUGCCGCUCGGGUACGGGUUCGCACCGCUGGAUCCUGCCCUCUCGGUUUGGCGCCGAUUCAGGUUCGCGUCGUUACGCAAAAGGGAAAGAAAUGCAAGUUUAGUAACGGAGAAGCCUGUGCGGCAGCACGCAUAAUGUACGAUGCCUUAUACCGUGGUAUGCGACACUUGGCCUGUACUCUAGGGGUCACCUGUUUGCGACCAAGUCUCUCCUUCUGUUGACGUAAAGCACUUUGUGUCGUUCUCUCGGGUGCAGUUUGUCGCUUUGGGGAAAAAUGUCUCGUCCAGGGAGGCGCGUAUUAAAAAGGAAAAAGAGUCGCAUUAUAAUGUCAAUUUCAGUCAUUCGCGAGGGAGGGGGGGGGGGUCAGAACCGCGCUGUUCUUUCUUCAUGGUGACAGUUAAGGUUAAGAGUAAAAACAUGGUAAAACUUGAACUACGAAGGAUGCGUUUGCAGCUCCAGGCUCAAGGAAAGAGGAGUUUAAAAAAAAAAAAAAAAAAAAGGGGGGGGGGGCCUGGGAGGAAACUAUCAUUUGGCCUCGUGCCAGACCUCAGGGUGUAAAGGUCAUCGCGCGCGUGUCCGGGUCAUUUCGUGCUUUAAAGCUGCUCACGCGCCUGCAUAAGGGAUAAUUCGUUGCCAUGGGAACGGCCGCAACACACGGCGUUAAUAGUAGUGUGUGUGUGUGAGUGAGUGAGUGUGAGAACACCUUGAGGGAAGUGACUGUUGUACCUCAAUAAACACUCUACUUGUCCCUGAGCUGCAGCCUCUGCCUCUUUUCUUCUUUCACCUUCUUCUCUUCCGCUCCACUUUACUUACUCGCUACUCGAAACGAGCUUCGUCGCGUCUGGAGUGGAAAUGAGCCCGCAGCGCAACUCGGGGCUUCGCGAGCGCAGAAACGCGCUCUUUCGGUCGGUAUCUCGAGAGCGGCACGAGCCCCCGCCGCCGCCGCCGCUCGGGGACCGUCUGCAAAGUGUCCUCCGCGCGCGCGUGCUCACGCGUGACACUCCGGAGGCGGCGGAGAGCCCGCGAAAAGGGACCGCGGGAGGCGCGCGCUCGGGCUCCCCGUGGUGGGCGCGCGACGUGGGAUGGAUGGCGACGAGGCGCUUUCGCCCCAGUGCCUAACGGCUCGGCCCGCCUUACGGGGGGGGUCGUCGUAGUGUCCUCGUGACGCUGAUGCGCGCACGCCCCCCCCCCCGCGACGCUAGUCCUCCAUUUAAACGCGCGAGCUGCGGCUCCGAGGCUCUUCUGCGCGAGACGGACAGCCGUGAGAAGCGCGUGGAACAGCGCAGCAGACGUCACGGUGACGGCACCGAGGAGCACGGAGGAGCACCAUGGGGAAGGAGAAGCUGCACAUCAACAUCGUGGUCAUCGGACACGUGGACUCGGGCAAGUCCACCACCACGGGGCACCUCAUCUACAAGUGCGGCGGCAUCGACAAGAGGACAAUCGAGAAGUUCGAGAAGGAAGCCGCUGAGAUGGGAAAGGGCUCCUUCAAGUACGCCUGGGUGCUGGACAAGCUGAAGGCCGAGCGAGAGCGCGGCAUCACCAUCGACAUCUCCCUGUGGAAGUUCGAGACCAGCAAGUACUACGUGACCAUCAUCGACGCGCCCGGGCACCGUGACUUCAUUAAGAACAUGAUCACGGGCACCUCGCAGGCUGACUGCGCCGUCCUCAUUGUGGCGGCGGGCGUGGGGGAGUUUGAGGCCGGCAUCUCGAAGAACGGGCAGACGAGGGAGCACGCGCUGCUAGCGUACACUCUGGGGGUGAAGCAGCUCAUCGUGGGCGUCAACAAGAUGGACUCGACAGAGCCGAGCUACGGCCAGAAGCGCUACGAGGAGAUCGUCAAGGAAGUGAGCACCUACAUCAAGAAGAUCGGCUACAACCCGGACACGGUGGCCUUCGUGCCCAUCUCCGGCUGGAACGGCGACAACAUGCUGGAGGCCAGCCCCAACAUGUCCUGGUUCAAGGGCUGGAAGAUCACCCGUAAGGAGGGAAGCGUGUCCGGCACCACUUUACUGGAGGCCCUGGAUGCCAUCCAGCCACCGUCGCGUCCCACCGACAAGCCGCUGCGCUUGCCCCUUCAGGACGUCUACAAGAUAGGCGGGAUCGGGACUGUGCCGGUGGGCCGGGUGGAGACUGGCGUGCUCAAACCCGGCAUGGUGGUGACCUUUGCCCCCGUGAACGUGACGACCGAGGUGAAAUCCGUGGAGAUGCACCACGAGGCGCUGUCCGAGGCUCUGCCUGGAGACAACGUGGGCUUCAACGUCAAAAACGUGUCUGUGAAGGACAUCCGCCGGGGAAACGUGGCCGGGGACUGCAAGAAUGACCCGCCGCAGGAGGCGGCCAACUUCACGGCUCAGGUGAUCAUCCUGAACCACCCCGGGCAGAUCAGCGCCGGGUACGCCCCCGUCCUCGACUGCCACACGGCCCACAUCGCCUGCAAGUUUGCCGAGCUCAAGGAGAAGAUCGACCGGCGCUCAGGGAAGAAGCUCGAGGACAACCCCAAGUCCCUCAAGUCGGGCGACGCAGCCAUCGUGGACAUGGUCCCCGGGAAGCCCAUGUGUGUGGAGAGCUUCUCCGACUACCCGCCUCUGGGUCGCUUUGCGGUGCGCGACAUGCGUCAGACUGUGGCGGUCGGGGUCAUCAAGGGCGUGGAGAAAAAAGCCCCCACCACGGGCAAGAUCACCAAGUCCGCCCAGAAGGCGCAGAAGGCCAAAUGAACGUUGUGCUGGGCUGCGGACUCCAGGGCCCCCCGCGGCGCACCGAUGGCCUCCCACCGCUUCCGCUCCGUCAUCAAGGACUGGUUAAUCGUCACAAUGCACCGCAAAAGUUUCCGCAGGAAAAACUAACAAACAGCCCAAAAUAAAUCGAGCGCAGUGUCGACUCUGAGCUCCGAUCCACCUCAUGGCGCUUUAUUUAUUGGAACUUUGCCAUUUUAAAUGCAUUCUUUCCGGGGCCGUUCUCUCCAGGUGUGGGACGCUGCGGGUGCAGAGCAACGAACCCAUGUCUUGCCAGAGCGGCAUCCCACCGUCCUGCUGCUUCCUGUGUCCCUUUGCUCUCAAUGCUGAGAUGUAGCGUAGCGUAGCUUCACUGCUGUGUUGUAGCUGUAUUGAUAUGUGAGGCUCCCCGCGGUGUCUAGUUCCAGGCACAUGCAGAGUCCCCGAGCUCCUCCCCCGUCAGCCACAGCUUCGAUCCGUCCUGCCGCGCUUUCCUCCGUGGGUUCCGACCCCACGCCUUACUGUUACCUGCGAGCGAACGCCUCCCCCCCCCCUCACAUUAAAGGUGUGUAAACUGCA